AUGGCGAGAAGAGAUCCUCCAGAUGAUACCUCAGUCACGAUCCUGGAACCCAUUGAAGUGGAUUGGCGCAUCCCUUUGAUUGCUUAUCUCAAGCAGCCAGAUCCCACUGCCGACAGGAAGAUUCGUUUUCUUGCACUAAAUUACUUUCUUAGAGGUGACGAGCUGCGACGACGCAGCGAAGAUGGCAUAGACUUCAGAUGUGUUUAUGGCCACGAAGCGAAACAACUCAUGCACGAAGUUCAUUCCGGCAUUUGCGGUGCUCACCAAGCAGGUCCAAAGAUGCGAUGGUUGCUCAGACGACAUGGAUAUUUUUGGCCCAGUAUCUUAAAGGAUUGCAUCGCAUUUGCUAAAGGUUGUUUGGACUGCCAAGCUCAUGGGCCGGUCCAGCAUCACAAGUUCAUCAUCGUCACGACCAAUUUCUUUACAAAAUGGGUUGAAGCAGAACCUUUGAAAGAAGCAUCUGGUGGUACGUUGCGACAAUUCCUGUUUAGGAACAUCAUAUGCAGAUUUGGUAUACCAGAAGUUUUUGUUUCGGACCGGGGGGUAGCUUUCAUGGGUGGUGAAGUCGAUAAAUUGGCAAAGGAAUGGGGAAUACAAUUCGUCCAUUCCAGUCCUUAUUAUGCUCAGUCUAACGGUCAAGCGGAGGCCAGCAACAAAAUCAUCAUCACUUUGCUGAAGAAAAUGUUGGAAGUUAAUCCGCGACAAUGGCAUGAGACUCUUUGGGCCUAUCGCACAUCGAAGCGAAAUCCCACCGCGACUACACCUUAUGCUUUGAUGUUUGGCCAUGAUGCAGUCCUGCCUUUGGAAGUCAACGUCCAAUCAUUACGAGUUCAAGAGCAACAUCAUCUCAUUAGAGAAGACUACGUUCAGGCUAUGUGGCAGGAACAUGAAGACCUUAGCGAAAAGCGCUUGGAGGCUUUAGAUAGUUUGGUCAUGGAAAAGCAACGAGUCGCUCGUGCCUAUGACAAGCGGACGAGGGGAAGGAGUUACAGCAAAGGAGAGUUGGUUUGGAAAGCAGUUCUCCCGCUUGGCGAAAAAUUAGAUGGUCGCGGCAAAUGGACUCCAAGAUGGGAAGGCCCGUACAUCAUUUAUAAAAUCUUAGAGAAAUGA